CUAAAUAAUAAGAGUAUGUGUUUGAAGAGAAGUUGACAUUUACGCGCUUAUUAUUGAAUGAACGCGCAUACAGAUACUCUAGUCCUUACACGUUUUCAGCUGCAUACUUAGCUAGUCUAUAUGAUAUACCAGUACUAAGUGAACAUAACAGUAAUUGAUUUACUUGAAUCAGUGCAAUAUGGCUGGAGCAAAAAUUAUAUGACCUUUCCUCAUUGAAGUUUUGUUGGUGCAGGGUUUGGAUUUGAACACAACAGCCAUGGUAUGACAAUUAAGUGCUCUCGGACACCGACACCUACAGAGCUAGUGUUGCCAUAAGUAAAAUAUUGGAAAAAGUCAGUAGUAUUUAUAACUUACAUUUGAAAGAUAUUAUUAAAUGAAUGUAUUAUGAUUGGGUUUAAAGUCUAAAAUACUUGAUUUGGGGCAGGUAAAAACAUUUAACAUGAACAUGUGCUCUAAAUCUGAUUGGAUAUGGAGUCUUAUUUUGAAAGGAAGAUCAAUGGACUGCCUUUCUCAGAAAAUGAAGAAAAUAAAUAUGAAUUUCACCGUUUGCUUAGUUUUAAAGACUGGCCUCCAGAGAUUCCAGUGUUUGCUAUUCGUUUGGCCCGAGCUGGUUUCUAUCACAUUGGACAGGGGAAUAAAGUGAAAUGCUUUGUUUGUGGUAUUGAGAAGAGUGACUGGCAUGACAAUGACAAUCCACAAGAAAUCCAUCAGACAUUGAAUCCAGAAUGUUUGUUUUUAUCUGAAAACCAACUCCACAAUGUACCAUUUCAGAACCAAAACGACCUCACUUCAACACCUUUUCUUGAAAGAUUGGGUUCUAUUCUAGAUAGCAGAGAAGGUUCAGAAGACAAUGUUCAAAAUACUGCUUAUGGGACAAUAAAUGAACACUCAGAAUAUUCAUCAUUAUCAAGUGCUAGACCUUUGAUUUCUAGUCAGAGUGCCUACUGCCUUAGUACAAACAGGGAACAAACAGUGCCUCGGUCUCAUUCUAGUGGAAACUUACACCAGUCAUUAGCUCCUCAAAGGACCUGUGAAAACACAUGUCCCUCAGUUGUUGAUGCUGCUGUCCCCCACUCAGAGCCAGUUUCACAUACAAAUGAAAGAAGAAACCAAUCUGAUAGUACAACAGCAUCUCAUGGUGGUGAAAUCCCGCCUCCAACAAGUGCUGCUCUGGGGCCACUACGCUUUGAGAGAAACAGGUUAAAAACGUUUAAAGAUUGGCCCAGUACAUGUCCAAUCUCUGCAGGUGAGCUUGCCAAACAAGGCUUCCAAUACACUGGCAUUGGUGACAGAGUCCAGUGCAUAUUUUGCAAAGGAGUGUUGCGCAAUUGGGUUGAAGGAGACAGGCCGCAUAUUGAACACAGAAAACACUUUCCAUGCUGCCCAUUGGUCCUCGGCCUCAGAAUAGGGAAUAUCCCACUGCCCUUGAGCCAGAAUCACGUCCCUGCCACCACUGCACAGCAAACAGACUUGUGUAGCAAUAUAGCUGAUGCUUUAAACAGAAAUGGCCUGAAUUCAGAACACUUGGGUAUUAUUACUGAUCGACCGAAGCAUCCCUUGUAUGCAAUAGAAUCUCAGAGGUUGAGAUCGUUUCAUGGCUGGCCGCCAUACAGACACCAGACCCCACAGCAGUUGGCAGAGGCUGGAUUUUGGUAUGCAGGCAUGAAUGAUAAUGUGAAGUGUUUUUUCUGUGACGGAGGUCUCCGUAACUGGGAACCAACCGACCAGCCUUGGGAGGAGCAUGCUCGCUGGUUCCCUUGCUGCCCAUUUGUCCUGCAGGUCAAAGGUCAAGGUUAUGUUGCCAUGGUGGUGCAAAAACAUAGCAGUCAGGAUGAUGCUAGAAGUGGUUCAGCCGACAACCCAUCAGAAACAGGUUGUGGUCGUUACCCGGUUGAGGAGCGGGAGGUGCUGGCCCGGAUGGACUCCCCCUACGUCCGCAAGCUGGAGGGCAUGGUAUCCCAGGACAUCAUCAUGCGGACCAUCCGGAAACACCUUGCAGAGACAGGAGAUGACUUCCCGUCCAGUACGGCCCUAUUGGAGGCAGCGUUUGCUAUGGCAGCUCAACAGUCAUCACAGUCUACACAGUGUCUGCAUUCUAACCUGCCUGCCUCACAGCAACAUCAGCAGCAACAACACUAUGACCAGCAGCAGCAGGUGCAACAGCAGCAGCAACAACAUCAUAAUCAGCACUUGCAACAGCAACAACAUCAGUAUCAACAGCAGCAGUUACAACUGCAGCAGCCACAACAACAGCAGCAAAAUCAGCUACAAUCACAUCAGCAUCUGCAGCAGCAGCAGCAACAGCAGCAGGAGCUCGUAGAUCCUCGAGUGAACACGUCUUUAGAUCUGGCUCAGAUCUCACAAGGGCGGUCACAGAGUUUGCCUCCUCAGUCCACACAAGCCACCGUAGAUAUGGAGGUAUCUACAGCUGAACAGAACACAAGACAAGGCUCGGUUAAACAGCACGUUGCAUCUGUAUUCUGUAUCAGUUCAACAGAAGUGUCGACUGAUGAUCUUCUGAAGGAGAAUCUGGAACUGAAGGAACAGAGGCUGUGUAAAAUCUGUAUGGCAUGUGAGACCAAUGUGGUCUUUCUGCCCUGUGGCCACUUUGUCUCAUGUGCUGGCUGUGCCCCGGCUUUACAGCUGUGUCCCAUAUGCAGAGCAACCAUAAAGGGAACUGUCAGAACUUAUGUAGCAUGAGGCUUACAAGGGAAUGUAUCAAAUGGCAUCAAUUAGUGGAAACAUCUGGACUGUGUAUGGUAACUUAAUAAGGCUAGCUUGUAUAUUGGCACACAUGUUGGGCCACAGUGAAGGAAACCAAAAGGACUGAUAUAGCCUUAGUCUUCCCAAAACAUGUGACCAAUAUACAGAGCUACCAGCAUAUUGGGAGACAUCCAAAGUUACGGAGCCUUAUGCUGACUAACUGUAAGGGGGUUAAUGGAAACUUUUAUUACUUGUAUGAAACUCCUAAAGACUUAUCGUGUAUAAUUCUUCUAAGCAACCGAGUCCAAUCUGUCAAGUGGGUUUUUUAUUCAUUGCACUGUUACUAUUCCGGCUAAGAGUUUAUUUGGCUUGAAAACUCAUGGGAGUCAAUUCAAAUUUGAAAGCAGUUCUUUAUGUUAACUCAUUGUUAACUAAGUAAUUAAUAGAAAUACCUUAAAACAAGAAACUUUAUCAGUCCAUACAUUUUUGUUAACAUCUGAUAGUCAUUUAUUUUAAACAAAUGAUCAAUUGCCUAUGCAAUACAGCACAAUACUUACAACAGGCCUUUGAGCAUAAACAUGAUUAAAGCUGGGCUCACCGCUUUGUUGAUUGAAAGUAAUUAUGUGGUUCAGUUGUGCAAUAUUGUUUUUUUGUGUGCAUUUGUUUGUCUUAUUGAAUUGUGUUCAUGAACUAUUUAUGCCCCCUUCGAAUAAGAGGGUGUAUAUUGUUUUGCACAUGUCGGUCGGUCCGUCCGUCCGUCGGUCCGUCCACUGAAUGGUUUCUGGAUGAUAACUCAAGAACGCUUAUGCCUAGGAUCAUGAAACCUCAUAGGUACAUUGAUCAUGACUCGCAGAUGACCCCUAUUGAUUUUCAGGUCAAAAGUCAAGGUCACGGUGACUUGAACCGGUAAAAUGGUUUCCGGAUGAUAAUUCAAGAACGCAUAUGCCUAGGAUCAUGAAACUUCAUAGGUACAUUGAUCAUGACUUGCAGAUGACCCCUAUUGAUUUUCAGGUCACUAGGUCAAAGGUCAAGGUCACGGUGACUCGACACAAAAAAAUGGUUUCCGGAUGAUAAUUCAAGAACGCUUACGCCUAGGAUCAUGAAACUUCAUAGGUACAUUGAUCAUGACUCGCAGAUGACCCCUAUUGCUUUUCAGGUCACUAGGUCAAAGGUCAAGGUCAUGGGGUGACUCGAACCAGUAAAAUGGUUUCCGAAUGAUAACUCAAGAACACUUUGGCCUAGGAUCAUGAAACUUCAUAGGUACAUUAAUCAUGACUCGCAGAUGACCCCUAUUGAUUUUCAGGUCACUAGGUCAAUGUCAUAGUGGCAAAAAAGUUAUUCACACAAUGGCUGCCACUACAACUGACAGCCCAUAUGGGGGGGCAUGCAUGUUUUACAAACAGCCGUUGUUAAAUAUAUCAUUCAUGAAUAUCAUUAGAAAAACAUUGAACAUGUAUAAAACGUUAGUUCUGUAAAAAGUUAGUUUGCGAAGGAAGCUAAAUAUUUAACACUUUACAUUUUACAUGAACUGUUUUGAAUCUCAGUUAUUAUGCUAAGCUCACUUGAGCACAAAGUUCUCAACAUAGAGCUCUUCUGGUCUUUCACUAUCAGUCAUCCUUGGUUCCCAUUCGUCAUCGUAAACAAACAACUUCAAAUAUAGAUUAUGGUCUUGAAAUAAAUAAACCAAAUUGUGGUCUGAAAAGGUGGUCCUCUACCAAAUUUUUUUUUACGGGAGAUUGUUAAAUAUACAAACUUAAAAAGAGAAUAAUAUUUAAGCCCCCCUCCCUUUUCAAAUUAAGGCGAGCAUAUUGCUUUGCACUUGUAUGCCUGUUGGGCGGUUUGAUUGUUUUACAUAAUACUUAAGUAUGCUUUUACCUACGGUCUACAAUCAUGUACAUUUACAUGAUGGUUACUUUAGAUGAAAAAAGUAUGUCUAUCAAGUUUGAGGCUAACAUGUCACAGAUCGUUUUCAUGGGACAUUGUAUUAUGAAAUUUGUUUGAGCAUGAUAUCUUGAGAACGCUUAAACUAUCAUGUUCAUUGUUAUGAUGGUCACUUGGUAGGAAAGAAAGGCAACUAUAGAUUGUCAGGUCAACCGGUUAAAGGUUAAGGUCAUAUGGGACUGUUACAUAAAAUGUAGACCAUUUCGUUUAUGUACAUAAUCUUUAGAAUGCUUAAACCCACGUUUUUGCAAAUUGUUUUGAAUUUUACUAGGUAUGAACGGUAGAAUUCUUUAGAUUCUUAAAAUUAAAAGGUUAAAUGUCAAGAUCUCAGGGGCUUAUAACAUGAGAUUAAGAAUACUACUUUUCAGCACAAUAUAUAGAGAACACUUUGCUGUAUCCUGAUGCAAGUCGUCAAGGUCAUGUGUGUUUUUAAUCCUAAUAUCAAAUCAACUAUUAUUCUGUGCAGUCGUGAACAUACUGUGUAUAUUUACACUUCGUCUUGGCUGCAUAUCAGUGCCAUACAUGUUUUAAAAACAUCUCUUGUUUAUCGUCCUGUUGACCUCAUGUAUUUGCUGAUUAGAUAUGUCAUUAUCUUUUGUUGCAAUCAAUCCCUUUGUAUGUGUACACGUUAGAACAUUCUAAGAAUUGAGGACCCAAAGGUGAGCGACACAGUGCCAUGUUGGUCGUAUUGUUUUAUUUUAAAUCUUUUGCUAGUCAUGUUGCAAUAUUAAUUAGCUAUGUAUUGUUGUUUAUUUAGAUUUUUGUUUACUUUGAACCUGUGGCUACUCAUAUCACAAUAUUAUUUAUUAUUAUACAAAUAUGUGUAUUGUUGUUAAUUUAAUUUCUUACAUAUAUCAAUGUCAUUAGAUUUUGUAGCUCAUUUUUAAAGUCGUUAUCAUCAUUUUGCUAUGAAAAUAUAUCUAAGUAACCGC